AUGAUGACUAUCCGUCUGAGUACCCAUGGGUGGUGUGUGCUGAUUAUAAGCAUUUUGGUUAUCUUUCUGUACUAUCUGUCGUCAUUUAAUCCUAUCGGACAUCUUAAAGGGGAAGUUACCAGUGUUCGAAGAUUGUUAACCCACUGCAUACAUCUUUCCGAAGAAGCUGGUGGUCUUAUAAAAUUUAUUAGUUUGAAGCAUAGCCUUAAUUCACGUACCAAACACGGGGGUAUGCUGAAGCAAGAACCUCUGACGGAUGCGGACCUGGGAUCUCAUCAAAUAAUCGUGUCGGGUUUGACUUCGGCUUUUCCAGAGCUACUAGUUCGCUCGGAAGAGCAUGAAUUACCAACACACCGUCUGUUUGAUUAUAAAGAAAGUGUUUAUCAUUCGGAUUUUCAAAGUUAUCUUCCUAAUGAUGAUCUUUUUGUGCCCAUUACAGAUUUGGUAAUAUGGGUAGAUCCCUUAGACGGAACUCAAGAAUAUACAGAAGGCUUAAAUGAAUAUGUUAGCGUCAUGAUAUGUAUUGUACUUCAUGAUCACCCAAUAGCUGGUAUUAUCCAUCAGCCAUUUCUUAACAAAACAUACUGGGGUUGGGGUUCAUAUGCAUUAUCAUCUGAUUUACAAAUGGCUGUAAAUUCUCGUCCUGUUCAUUCGUUAAAAAACGAUUUGUCGAUUACUUAUUCACGUUCACAUUUAAACGAAUCACUCAUAAGAGAUUUGACCAAACUUGUAUAUCCGAAACCAGUUCAUUUUAUACCAGCAGGUGGUGCGGGCUUUAAAGCUAUCAGUCUUAUCAAAGGAGAUGCAGAUGUGUAUAUUCACCCAUCAACUACACGUCGCUGGGAUGCCUGUGCACCACAAGCAAUCUUGGAAUCUGUUGGUGGUUGUCUUACCGGACUGGAUGGUUCUCCUCUUGGAUUUGGUUCAAAAUCUUCUCCAGUUGAUUGCUAUUUGGGUUCUGGCUUCGCGUUAGCUAUGUGGCCUCAUUUCUCCGCUGCUGCCUGGACAAAAUCUCUCAUUCAUGGCCCCCCACCAUCCAUUGAGGAAAAAGUGGAUAAUUCUGAUGGCUGGGGAGCCCUAGCUCGACAGUGGGCACAUCAGCGUAGUAGCCAAUUGCAGCCUCAUUACACUAACAAUGUAGCUCUACCUCCUCCUCCUCCACCUCCACCUCCACCCCCUCCUCCACCACCCCCUCCUUCUCCGCCUCCGCCACCAAUCGCUUUUAUACCACCAACUCAAAUCCAGUCAAAUACAAGCAACUUAGUUUCCAAUGCAUCCCAAGUUGAUCCCAGCCACCUAUUAAUUCAAAACUCCAUAUUAUGUACACAAGAGAACCCGCUUCACUCACAAAGUAUGUGCUCAGUACCUGAAAAUCAGGGGGCUCCACAGAGUUCUUGGUCUUCAUUCGAAAAUUCCAGGGUCUCGCAUAAUUCGUGGUCUACGAAUAGCGGUCAAGCAUAUUCACAGAAUUUGUGUACAGCACCUGGAUAUCAUGGUCCUCCUCAAAGUGCUUGGCCAUCCUUUAAUAAUCAUGAGCGUUCCCAAAAUGCCUGGCCUUCACAAGCAAGUUUACAAGGCAAAUGGUCGGCACAUGAAAGUCACUCUUAUGGCAACCAAGUUCCACAGGGAUAUGGUAAUACCAUUUCCCUGCCAGGUCCUUCGUCUCAAUAUUAUGAGCAUAAUCACCAUCAAAUCAAUUAUCCUCCCAGUGAAAAUUCAAACAAUCCUGGUUUACAUUGUAAGUCUUAUGAGGAACAGUAUUGCAAUGUGGGGAGUGGCCAUACGGGUCAAAACACUCGCUAUCAAAAGAGAUGGACUCAAAAUGAUCAGUGCGAUUGCGAUUAUGGUUCUCACGCUUCAGAAGUUUAUGAUUAUAACCAUUCUUACUCUCUUGAAAGGUCAUUUAACUCGUCAGCUGUUAGACCGACUAAUCCUUAUAACCAUCCCUAUCCACGUUCUAACCAAAAUAAUCGUCACAUGUGGCAUAGAAAUCCCGAGUCUUUCCAACCCGUAGAAAGCUUUCCUCCACCUGAGCAAUUCAACGAUAUGCACCUUCACCGUCCAAGUUAUCAAUAUCAAGAUGAACCUAAAUAUAUUCCUCUCAGUGAAGAUACAUCGGUGAGUGAAGGUAAUCAAUUCCGUGGAUGUCAUGAUCACGACUACCGCAUAACAAUACAGAGUCCUACAGUUCCGUCUGGUAGUAUGGAAGAAAAUUGGAAAGAUGUGGAUACUCGUCCUAUUCUGCCUAGCGACAGUGGUCACACAAGCCCGGCAAUAUUUCCGUCGGCUAUUACAAAUAAAGCCUUGGCUGAUCCCAGACCGAUUUCGCUUAUCCCAACUCCCAUUAUUGAAUCUUCGUGUAAGCCCAGAGGUCGUAUCGCACAUCUGCCUGUUCCGGAACACCUAAUGACAGCUUUCGAGGAAGCUGUGGCAAGCACUGGAGUUUGGCCUCCAAAGAAUUUAGAACCAGAACAAACCGGAGGUGGUAAUACCAAACCUCGUGCUCUCCCCGCAUGGCUUCGUGAUGAAUUAGAGAAAUUGGAAAAGAAAAAAGCUAAAGAACUGGCCGCUGUAUCUGGAGCUACUGUUUUAGGGGCUGCUCCUGAUGCUAAAAGGGAUGAUGAAGGUGAUAUCGUUAUGGAGGAUGAAGCUAAAACUGAUGCCCAAACACUAAAAUCUCUAUUGAACAAUAAUGAGGAAUCAGAUAGUGAUGUCAAGGAACAGGGAAGUCCUUUUGAUGUCUUAAUUAAUCCUGUUGGUGACCUCCGAUCCCCGUUUUCAUCUCGAAGUCAACCUCCCGCGGAAUCAGAGGAAAUCUCAAACCCUGAAACUGCGGUAAAACAACUAACUACAGAUAAUUCUCAAAAUAUUUUACCCAACACUCCUGCAUCAUUAACGCCUACACAUCUGCUAUCCCUUCAAGAAUUUCAUGAGUUGUUCGCUUCACUAUCGGACGAAGAACAAAGGAUUGAAACGGCUCGUUUUAUUACCCGAACGCUGACAGAGGCUCUACUGGCUGUUACAACUGAACUCAUUGACACCAUAGUAGAAGAAGUAAUGACAGAAGCGGUUUCAGGAAAAUCGCAUGUUCUACCAUUGGAAGACUCUUCAUCUGUUGAGAUAAAAUCCCCAAUUCUAGGGUUAGUCUCUUAUAAUAGUGAAAGUGAGUCAGAAUCUGAGCGAAACGUGCUGGAAAGUAAACUAGCCACAAGUAAUAUAUCAGGUAUACUACCAGGUGAUGUUCCUGAUGAUGUAAAGCAUGAUUAUGCAUCACAGAAUAGUCCUAGUAAUGACAAUAAUAAAAUUGUCACUGGAAAUGGGAAAUUUCAAACUGUACAAGAAAAGUAUUAUGAAAAGCAAUCUUAUUCUUCCAGCAUUCUUCAGAAAUCUAAACGCCAUAAAAAUGAAAAAGAAACGGAUACGGCCGUCACAAUUUCACGUUCGCAUUCCAAACAUUCACAUAAAAGGAAAACGAAUUCACGGCAUUCCCAUCGUAGUCGUAAGAGGGAUUUUCGUGAUUCGUCAACAGCUUCUUCAGAAUCUCCAAGUUCGAAUCAUGGGAACCAAAACGUAGGAAUCUCUCGAUUCAGUCGAUCCUCAGAAGAUCACAGUGUGUUAACCUGUCUUCAGUUUGCACUUAUAAUCCUUAGUUCACAAGUGAGAUUUCAGACAGGUAAUUUAAUCAUUUGGUAUGGAAAUAUUCGGUUUCCCAACAGUACAACUGUUAAUAUGAUUUUAAUUUCUUUUUCAUAUAAAUAUGUGUACAAAGUGACCACAAAUAAAGAUUGUCGGAGUAAUACUAAAUUCUGUAUUGUUGAGUAUUACCAAUGUACUACAGACCAGCGACCGUAA